CCAAAAUUCCCUUAAACCCUCAUAGCAUAUCUAACGUUGAGAACUACACAACUCCAAAAACAGUGCAAAUGACAAACGAUCAAUCACAGCCGUUGAUCUCGGAGAUUAGUAAGCACUCGCUCGAUCCACGGCCUGAAUCUCCCCAACGGCGUUCCAAAAUCGCCAAGGUAAACGACGACAACAUCGCCGUCGACGUCGUUGAAGAGGAAGAGCAGAAAGAGUUAGUUACUAGACCAAUGAAUCCUAAUCCUAGGCUACAGCGGUACUUGAUAGCAAUCGAGUACAUAGGAACUCGCUUCGCCGGCGCACAGCAACAAACUAAUUGUAGAACUGUCGUCGGUGUUCUUGAGGAAGCAUUUCAGAAGUUUGUUGGACAGCCAGUGUCUAUAUUUUGCUCCAGUCGAACUGAUGCUGGAGUACACGCUUUAUCAAAUGUUUGCCAUGUAGAUGUUGAAAGGAUAAGCAAAAGGAAACCUGGUGAAGUGUUACCUCCUCAUAAACCUUUGGUGGUACAAAGAGCUGUGAACCAUUUUUUACAGAAGAACGGGGGUGAUAUAAUGGUUAUUGACGUUCGGCGUGUUCCAGCUGAUUUUCAUGCCAGAUAUAAAGCUCAAGAACGCACGUACUUCUACCGCUUGUUAUCUGGGCCGGAGUGGGUAUCAAGCUUCGAGAAAGACCGAGCUUGGCAUGUGCCUGAGAGCCUGGAUCUUCCUGCCAUGCAGAAGGCAUGCAACGUUCUUGUUGGACGUCAUGAUUUCAGUUCUUUCAGAGCAGCUGCUUGUCAGGCAAACUCACCCGUCAGAACUUUGGAAGAACUUAAUGUUACUGAGGUUGUUUCAACUCCAUAUUUUCCAUCAAUCUCAGAGAGACUAAGGAGCAAUAGUGUGAUGGAGGAUCCAACUGUAUCCUUGGGUUCAGACACCAACUAUUCCCGUACUUCUUUGACCUCCAAUGAGGGGAAGUCAGACGGCACAAAUGGCGAGGCUUGCCAAGACUUUGGCCUUAGAAGAAAACACCGUUGCUUUGUGGUGACAGCAAGAGCACGAUCUUUCCUUUACCAUCAGGUUAGGCUGCUUGUUGGAGUCCUUAAAGCAGUUGGGGCUGGAGAUCUAACAGUUCCUGAUGUAGAACGCAUCCUUGAAGCAAAAUCCAUCACUGCUGCAAGUCCGAUGGCUCCUGCUUGUGGUCUUUAUCUUGGACACGUCAAAUAUGAUCUGCCUCCCGAGACUUGACAAAGCCAAUCAACAUUUCCCAGUGAACUAGCUUGAUGUUCGGUGAUGAAUUAUGCAUGUAUUUCUAGAUCGAGUGGCCUGCACAACUUCUUGUUAACAGCUUGCAUAUAGUGGCACCUUAUGAAACAUCACUACUCACUUCAAUCCUAGGGGCCCGGAUGAGAUUCAUCCCUCUUGCAAUCGAGCAGGCAUUGUUCUAUUACUAGAGAAAUGAUUUUGCUCUCUGCAGAAAACAUAAAGUGAUACUCCAGGAUGUAGUUCUGUGAUAGCCAGGAAGGCUCUUCUUGAGGAGUUGCAGGAAUUAGCCAGUGUUCAUUUAUGCACUUAUUUCCUAUUCAUUUCACCUUGCUUCUAGUGUUAUAAACUGUAUGUAUUUCUUGCAGAAAUAAACCUUAUUUUCAUUUAUGCACUUAUUUCCUAUUCAUUUCACCUUUACUUCCAGUAGGUGCAGUACUA